UUUAAUGUCAAUAAACAAAGACUGUUUAUAAAGAACUUUUGUCGGAAUCAAAGGAUUUCUGGAAAAACUCGAAUUUUCAAAUAGCAUAGGCCUGCGAAAACGGUGUAAAUUUUUGUUGGAAAAUUGGAUGUUUUAUCUGAAAGCAGUUUAAUAUUGCAAUUCUUUUUAAGUAUAUUUUAUUAUGAACUGAGGAACUAUUUUCCAUAUGUUCUUUUUAAACGCGCGGUGUUUUAAAAAGUUUUGAAACAUGUUUUAGUAUUAAAUAUCGUAAAUACUAAUCGUAUAGUUUUUCUUUCAUUGUGAGUUUAACAUUACUAGAGGUUGUUUUAAAUACCAAAUGUGUGCUAUAUUUUAUUUCUCUGCUUAAUAUUUGUUCUGUUGUAACUGCUGCGAGGAGUUUCCAAUAUUUUUGUUGUCAUUCUUAAAUAUCUGAUGUGCUUCAAAUGGAAAAUGAUUUGAGAUACUUUGAAAACAGAACUCUCAGUCGAAAUCGAACCGUCAUGAGAUGUGGGGAAGCUGGCUUCGAAUAUCCACCUCAUUCUUUCCACUACUCACCUCACACCUCUUCUACAGGUCCUUUACAAAUCAAUGAUGACAGAGUACCAGAAUGGGAAUUACCUCGAUCUUACCCUGUUGGUUAUAGAACUGUUCACCCAGAAUACAUUCCAAGGCACCUGAUACCUUCCCAGCCUUCCCAGACAUGUUAUUUGUCUAACACAUCAACUGAAUGGCAUAGAGAUACUAAUCCACGUACACCAAAGCAAGUUAAAAAGGAGGAUAUUUGUGUAAUGCUAAUGAACAGAGUCGUAUUAUGUGUCGAAUGUGAAAAUCCCUCUCAAGCAACUGUUCAAGAAUUAAUGGAAUUAAUCCUACAAGAUGAUCAAGAUUUGUCUCUUCCAGCAAGUGCUCGAGAUGUUUUCAGCUUGUGGCUUGUUUCUCCUAUGUUAGAAUUACAAUUAACUAGCUUUCAGCGUCCCUACCACACGCGUCAGCAGUGGAUGACUUUACUUUUAAAAUAUACAUCUGCAUCAACAAAGCAUUUAGAUAAGGAUGAGCCUGAACUGUAUUUGAGAAGGAAUGUUUUCUAUGAUAAACAAGAUGAAAUGAGAAUAUGUGAUAUGAAAAUAUUGGAAUUGUUAUAUGAAGAAGCAAAAUAUAACAUUCUGAAAGGGCGUUAUCCUUGUGAUAUUCAAGAUUGUGAUGUAUUAGCUGGAAUCCAAGCUCGUUUAGAACUUGGUCCAUUUAAUCCACAAAUACAUACUGCUGAGUUUUUCAGGAGUAAAAUCACUGACUACUUACCAGAUUAUGCAUGCAAAAACAGAUGGUCUUUUCUUAAUGUAAGUGCAAAACCUGGUCCAGAACAUAGACUUUUAGAUCGGUAUCGGAAUAUACCUACGAACACUGUGAGAUAUAAGCUACUUAGAAAGUACAUGGAGUUCUGUUGGGCUCUACCAUACUAUGGUUCUGCUUUUUUCCAUGGGCAAGUGGAAAAACCUGCAAAGGGUUUAGCACUUUUAUUAGAUCACCCUGACAAGAAGGUUUUAAUUGGGAUUAACAGAGAAGGUGUGCAUAUUAUUGAUGCUGCUGAUCAUUGUCUUCUACUUAGUAUGAAGUUUAGAAAUUUGUCUUGGGAUUAUGCUGCAAAUAAAGAAGAUAAUCCUGAUUGCCUUCCGUGUUUAUUUAUUCAGUUCAAAAUUCCUGGACAAAGGGCCAGAGAUUCGAAACUAAUUCAAAUUUUUUCACAUCAGGCCAAUAUGAUGGAUAAAUUAAUAUCGAAAUUUGUGGAAGAAUUAAAGCAAAGACCUUCUUGGUGUGAAGAUCAAGUUGACAACUUCAUAUCUAUACCUCAUGAAGAUGAUGAUGUAAUUCCAAUCACAACAAAACGUUUGUCAUCUGAAGCUUAUCUUGAAGAAAAAUUGAAAAGAUUAUCUUUGACUACUUUUAAUGAGUCAGGUCAGCCUGUGCAAGCCUCAAGAUCAUGGUCAUUCAAAAAAUAAAUUUUUUUUCUAAAAUUUAUAACAUAAUAUAAUCUAUAUUUGUAUAUAAAGUUUGUGUUCACUGGAGAUUUGGCGAAGAUUGAUUAUAGUUUUAAAUAAAAGAGAACUUUUCUUUUUACACACUUAAGUAACUUUAUCCAAUGUCUUAUUUCUUUAUAUCUUAUAUUAAUAAAAAAAAUCACUCAAAAAUUACUGACAAAGAAUUUAUUACAAUUGUUGGCUUGUUACUUUGCUUUUUACUCUGUUUAAUGAGUACUUUCAUAAAUUUAUUGUUAUUUAAUAUUUAUAUUUGUACCAGUUUUACGAGUGAAACAUUUUAGGACAGGAUGCUUUCAUUUCUCAUAUUUAAUUUUUUUAUACUUUCCUAAGAUAUAUGGAUAGAGGUAUGUAUUUGUACUUUGCUUCAAAUAUCAAACAUGAUCUUUUGUUUGUGAAUGUGAAGCUAUUGAAAUGUGAGAAUAGUUACAUUUUUAUGGAUUUAAUUAUGUAUGAGUUUGUUUCAAAGUUAAAACAUACAUAUUUUUAAAUUUUUUUUAAAAUUUGUUGUGAGAUUGUUUAUUUUCGUAGAUCGCAUAAAUAAUUAAACUAAAUUUACAAAGAAGGAAUGUUAGAAUUAAGUUUUGACUCUAACCAUCAUUUAUAAAUACCAUUUUUCAUUUAAUGGGCAUUUUAAAAUUAAAUUUGUGAUAAAUCAUGUUUGUUUUACUAUUUAAAUCCUGUAUUUUUUAACAGAAUUCAAUGAUCAUUUUUGUUUGUAUUUGUUAAUGGCCUGUAUGAAAGAAUACUGUUAUGAUUUUGUCUCAAAGAUGUAUAUAAUUUCUGUUCCUUGCCCCACACCAAACUGUUUGUGUAUGCUAAUUGAUUGUAAUUUUAUUUAUAUCAUUCCAUUGUAAAUAAUGUAAACGUUUUUAUUACUCUUAUUACACAAAUGAGCACUUAAUACUCGGUAUUAUAUAACUAUUGUGUCCUGAACAUAUUUAUAUCAAUUGUGUUAUAUGAAGUGAUUUUUAUAUUGCUUGAAUAUAAAACUUAAAUUUCCAACGGCGUAAAUAUUUUUUCUCUCAAUUAAAAAUAGUAUCCAUGCCUAAUGAAAUGUAACUCUUUAUUUCUUUAGUUAGGUUUUAUUUUCAAGAAACUCGACGUGUUAAUUAAAAUUUAAAAUUUAUUAACUUCUAACGCUUUGAGGUCUUAGCUCGGUUGCCUUCUGUAGAGCGGAUUGACCCCAAGUAUUUCUCGGAAUCAGCUUUUAACCCUCUGGGCCAUAAAAUUUCUUUCUAUAUAUGGUCGCUGUUCUUUCAGAUAUCUUCUUUAAACCUCUUAGUUCCGAAAAAAAAAUUGCCAGCACAAAACAGAUUUACCUUUAUAAACCAAUCUAGAAACAAAGCUGAAAUCAGAGUUUUUUUUAACUCUCGAAACCAUUAUUUAUUAUAGCGAUUCACGAUGUCUCGUUUGUAAUUUUUAGAUUUUCAAAUGCAAAUUAUUAGGUGUGUUUAAUUUUCCAUUCAAAUUUAUUUUUAAAAUAUUUGUUGAAAAGUGUUUUUGUAUGAUGAACUUUUUAUUUUUAAAACAUAAUUUAUUCAAUAAUGUCUCGUUGAGUAGUAAUUCUUAACGCAUUUAAAUAUUUUCGAUAUUAUGAAUGAAAUCAAUUUAAAAUUCCUUUACAAAGUUAACCUAAUGUAUAUUAUCCAAAUAAUCUUGAAAAGUAUAAAAAUCCUUAGCGCUCAAGUAGAGAUAAAUAAUCGAAAUAGCUCAGACCUGAAAGUGUUAUAAAAUAAAUUUAUAUUUCUUCUUAAAUUGAUAACAAUAAAGAUUGGAGCAUUUAUUCUGCUUUAAUUUUAUUUUGUUUUUCCUUAAGAAAUAUUGCAUGCAUAUUUUUUCAAAGGUUAUAAAAAUUGGCUAGUAAUUUUCAAAAUAUUAUAUAUUAUUGUGCUACAAAAUAUUCAUCAAAAUUGUUAUUAAUACAUUUGUGUUUAAAAGUAUAGGCAAUGUGCAUGCAAAUUUUCAUAUGGUAUUCAUAAGGUUU